AUGGAUGGGUUGGAGAUAUUCUUAUCUGUACCUCAAAUUAUUAAUAAUAAGAUUCAAAAAGAUGAUCAAAAAGAUGUUGAAAAUCAAUAUGAAACUUCAGAAGAACAAACAACCAAUAUCAAUAUUAAAUUGAAUCAAUUUGAAUUGACAUGUUAUGAUGGAGAGAAUAAAUUUGAAAUGAAAGUUUUAGUAACAGAAAAUGAAAAACAACCAUUCAUUAACAUCAUACAAGCUCAACAAACAACAAUCUCAGUUAAAGCAGAGAGGUUAGAAAUGGAAAUAGGAACAAAGAAAAGUAUAAUUCAAGACAUUGAUAUUACUAUCAAAGAAGGAAUAAAGAAAGAACCAAGUAUUGGAAUAAUGCAACCAUUAUUUAGAAAUGGAAAUGAUUCAACGAUGUUUCAUGAUAAUACUCGAGUUGAAGAUAUUCCAAUAGUAGAAAAUUUAUUUGUUCAAAUAAACCAAGAAGAAAUGAAUAAAUUAAAAAGGUAUUUGAAAUGA